AGAAAUUGGUUCUUGAAGUUCACAAUAAUUAAAUUGUUCAUAAUGGAUGAUAUUAAUUCACAUGUCAGCUUGAAAAUACGGAGUGCCAUCAAGGCCAAAUUGGUGGAGCUUGGCACUUAUGUUGAUGACGAACUACCAGACUACAUCAUGGUGCUUGUUGUCAACAAGAAGUCAAAGGAGCAGAUGGACAAUGACUUGAGUCUCUUCCUCGGCCACAAUACUGAACAUUUCACGUCAUGGCUUGCAAGUGUACUGGAGAGACUUGAAUCUGCUGGGGCUAUCACAUCAUCUGCUGCUGCUACAUCUGCUGUUGGGGAAAAAGUGUCGGCAAAACCUAAAGAAGAUCAAAGUGUAAGUUCUGCUACUCAAGAUUCUAAGAAAAUUGGAGUUAAACUCAAAUCCUCAGAUAAUCUGAACACAAUUACAACAAAAGAGCGUGAAGAUAGGAAGAAAACUGAAGAGAGAAAACUUGAAAAGAAGGAAAGGAAGAAAAAGAAAAAGGAAAAAAAAGAUCUAGAGAAGAAACUUAAAAGAGCAGCAAAAGAAGCAAAAAGGAAAAAUUUAGAAGCUCAAGAAUUGGCCAUUAAGGAGAACAAAACUUCAGUUCCCAUUAGUGAACCUGAGAAGGUCACCUCCAUUAUUGAAACUAGGAAAUGUAUAGAAGUUAAACCUAGCCAUGAGCCUGCUGUGAAGCGGAAGAGAAGUUCAAGCCAAGGGAGCGAAGCUGAAUCAGGGUCUCCAGGACCUAAACGCUCUGUUGUGGAGGCUGUGGGUAAGAACAAGACUCUCACAAUUACAAAAACUAUACGUAAUGAGCACCACAAGCCAAGCAAGGACCUAGAGUUAGGUGCUGAAACUGACACCAGGCCACCUGCUGCCAAGACUCAUGUAAAGGAAAAAGUCGAGAGUGGAUCAGAGAAAAAAGCUGCAAAGCACUCGCAUAAAGCAGCAAAAAUAGUUAUCUCUUCAGAUGACGAAGACAAAUCUGCUACUGUUGCUGAAGCUGCUGGGAACAGAGGAAGUAGUGAAGAAGAAGUAGGGGAUGACACACAAGAAGCAGAGGUAGACCAGUCUCCUGAGAGUGUGGCUCAUGACAAUGAAGAACUUACAGACGAUAUUGUUGAUCUUAAGACCCAAGAGACUGAGCUCGAACAAGAACUACAGGACGAUGAAGAACAUCAGCAAGAUCAGGAAGCUGAACACGCACGGUCGCGCGAAGCUAAGAAAGCGCAUAAAAGUUCUCGCCAUCCUUCAUCACAACACAAGCAGAAACCUGUAUCAGUACUGGACCGCCUUGGACCGCCGCGUAGCGCUCAGAACUCGUGCAGCAGCCCUGAGCCCGACCAAGUAUCAGCCUCAGAUGACCACGAGGGUCGCCACUCGGCCGACGAGCUGUCCUCCAAGUCUUCCAAGCGGCGCGUUGUUAAUCUCCUGGAGGAGUCAAGCUUCCCGCCCCGCCACUCCUCGUCUGACAAACGCAACUCGUCAUCCAAGGCGGUAGCUGCACCCACUCCCGGCAAGAAACUGGAGGCACGUGUACGCCCGAUGUCAGUUGUGGAGAAGUCAAGCCGCUCUACUGACCUGCCUUCAAAGCCAGCAGUGUCAUCAGCUGUGCGUCGCCAGCGCAAGGAGAAGAGUACGAAUGAGACGGACUCGGAGACGGAAGAUUCAUCAGUCUCAUCUUCGGCUCUUCAAAGCAAAGUCGAGGUGACAGGGAGAGAUCGUCGCGCAGGCUCGUCCCGAGGCAGCAGUACACGCGCCCCCAACACGUCGCUCAUCCUGCGCGCCGUGGCUGACGCUCACCGCUCCGUGACGUCUGCUAAGCGCACCAGCUCUCAGCUCGAUGAACCACCUCAGCACAAGUCCUCAAGCAGACCAGCCAAGAAACCAAUGCUGGAGGUGUUCAGCCGCAGUUACCGGGAGCGCGAGGAAGGCCGUCUCACCAGCACCACGGGCUCAGCUCCUCUCAAGGAGGCCAAAAUACAGAAGCUCUCCAUCACCGUAGCAAACCCGCCGCGCUCUGCUCUCGCUGAUGGAGUGGCAGACUCCACGAGCGACGAUGACGUGAGGAAGCCUUCGGCUCUAGCGCGGCUGUCCCGCGGCACUCACCCCUCCAGCUCCAUCAAACGGCGCCUGGACAGCCCUGGUCGCGUGUCCUCGUCCCGCGGGGGGCGCUACCUCGUGGCCGACGUCAUCGACGACGAGGACGACGUCAGGACUCGGAUCCUGCCUCGUCCGUCGCUUCUCGUCACUAACCAGAUCGCUGAUACCAACAUGGAGGAAGUUGAAGAAUACAUAGAAGAGGUAGAAGAGUGGGAGGAGGAGGUGGAGAGCAUCGGUCGUGCGCCGUCCGUGGACCUGACGGCGGCUGCCACGCACGUCGUCGACCCCCGCAUGCUGCCCCUGGACGAGAUCGUCAAGCAGCAGAACCUGCACAGCGAAGCGAAGUACUCAACGCGCUGCAUGUACUGGCCGGCCUGCCGCCUGGGGGACAAGUGUCAGUACCAGCACCCCACCGUGCCCUGCAAAAUGUUCCCGAACUGUCAGUUUGGCGACAAGUGCUUGUACAUUCACCCCAACUGCAAGUUUGAUGCGCUCUGCAGCCGCCCCGACUGCCCCUUCACUCAUGCCAGCCCGCGCUCCCUGGGCGUUCAGAUACCAGCCAAGAGUAAGCUGAGCCUCAACACUGCAGUGGGCAGACCGUCGUCCGCUGUCACCCUCAAGAGAUGUCACUUCGGCCUUAAAUGCGCCAACCCUGCCUGUCCUUUCCAGCAUCCCAAGCCCUGCAAGUUCGGCAGCUCGUGCCUGACGCCUGGCUGCCAGUUCGCCCACCCAGACGUGCCUACAGGCGCCAAGCUCAAGUGGGUGGCGCCAAAGCUCACCAGCGCCGGCAAGCCCGGCAACAAAGCCUCAGACUUGAGCGUCGGCAAGAACCACAGCCUCGCUCUACCAGACACUUCAGUUAAAUCCAGCAAUGGCAAGGCACUGGCGGCGGCCAAUGGUUGUGCUAACUUGAAUGAAGUGAAGCAAAGUAAAAUAGUGACGCCGAUAACUGCUGAUUAACGUGAUGACCGCUACAGCAGGUUUUAUCUUGUAUAAAUCUUAUAUUUCUUAGAUGAGAGAAAUCUUGAAAGAUAUCAACCGAAAUUUCAACUUCUUUGCUGAAUUUUGAAUGAUCCCACUCGUCAAAGUAUUCCGAUGAAAUAGUGUCAUGAUAAAGGAAGAGUUUUGACACUUUGGUGUGAAAGUCCUGCAAUUUACGGUAGUUUUGUUCGAGUUUAAAUCUUCAUAAGCGUGUCAGAUAAAUAAUUGAUAUGAAGGACCUUAAUUUAAAUUUGUAUCAUUUUUCCUGCGUGCGUUGUGUUGAUAAUCCUAAAAUGACGUGAAUGUAUUUCGAGUACUAAAUGUUGCUUUAAUGCAGAGCUCCGAAAAAAUUUGGUCGUCUCCAUUGUACGCAUUUGGUUUAGAUGGCUUAAAUCUUCAGUGAAAUUCUUGUCGGUAAUUUCUUACAGAUUGUUAGAUUACCGGCCUUCAAUAGGAUUUUGAGAUAUUUGUAUAUAGUGACUGUACAUAUUAAUAGGAUCUUCCUUUCAAUAGUAGUAACUAUUGCAUUACAAGUCCAAGUUUUUCUAUUCUAGGCAAUCUUCACAGUAGAAUGCCCGUUUCAGCAACAUUGAUUAAAUUCUGAAUAAUCAAAAGAUUUUAGCCUACAGCUAAUUCAUUUGUCCAUAUGUUGACUCCAGUUUGAUCAGAUGAUGUUUUACUCAAUCUGGGUUCACCUUGGGAGUUUUUAAAUUAAUUUAGUACGUGAAAUUUGUUUGUGAGUAAUUAUCCAGACCCAUUUUUUAUUGCACGGUUGCUCAUCUAGUCGACGAAUUGAGCCUUUCUCUACUAAAGUUAGAAAAAUGUGUUAAGAAAAAUUCAACUGAUGAUUUCUUGCAUUGGUUUAUGUCUUCGUUCUGACUGAGUUUUAGCCAAAUUGUCUUAGUAUGUCUAAUUUAAAUUUUCAUUAACGUUUUUAUUUUAUUUCAAGAGAGAAGGUAUUCUACACGAAUACAUACCAGAGUUUAAAGCUUAUUGAAGUGAUAACUUGUAUGCUUUUUCAACGUGUUACUGCGCUCGUCAGAACUCUUAUGGAAUCUCGCGGUCUUAUUGGGCGUUUUUCCCGAGCGCCCCACCACUGGGCUCGGGUCUUGGUUUUCCUGUAGGCAGGAUUGCUUGCCUGUCUCUCUCGUGCGGGCGGCCGACGUUUCGUGUAAGCGACCUUGUACGAAUGUUUUUUAGUUUCUAUUGCUGUUCAACUGUCCCUCCUUGUCACUUCGUCUCUGAGAUGCUAACGCUGCUGCUUUCCUGCCAGCCUCAACGGCCAGGCCCCUUGAGUCCUGCCUCACGUCGGUGACAAUUAAUUCAAGAUAUUUUAAAUAAUUGAGACGUUCCGCCUUGCUGGCGAUGUUUAUUUUUGACCUCCGAUGCGAAAUUGCUUGUUAGCUGAAGCGCUAGCAAACUACCAUGCUACUGCUACUUGCUAUGUUUCUUAGUUAUCUUCAUGAGAAUGUAAGUAGCUCAGACAGUCCUGCCUGCAGAGAUGCUUGAAGUACAUGAUUGAUGUACAUGAUUGAUAUCGAAUCUUGGAUCAUUCAAGUAUAAUAGGUUGAAGUUAGCUCACUAUACGCAUUUGAUUAAAGAAUUUUGUUAAAAUUUUAUUAUUCAUAUCGAAAAUAGAUCAUUUGAAGAAAUAGAAUUUGUUUCAAAUCUAUGAAUAUAAAUAUCUUAUUUUAAUUUCAUUCAGAACUUGUUUUGUACCGAGAUCAUCAAGACGAUACACAUGACGUGUCCUUAUUUUGACCAAGUUAAUAUUUAAUAUCUUCUAAAAUUCUUGUAAAAGUUGUUCGGCUAAUAAGAUUAUGUGAGGGCGGGAGGUUAAAUUACGCAACCCGAAGUGUGAGUGUUGGAAAUAGUGAAACAUUUCCUAAUAUAAACCAGUUUUCCUACCAUUAUUUUCGGAGGUAUAAUUUUGUUUAAAGCUUUUCUGUCAAGAUCAUUGUUCAAAUUUCAGACGUGGUCAAUUAAUAGUCAGAAUUUGCAGAGACUAAGUUUGCCGAAGUGGUGUUAGAAGUUUAGACUGCGUGAACCUCAUUUUAGCAUCUACGAGCUGUAAGCGCGAUGUUUUUAAUUAUAAAUUUAAUCCUAAUCACCUCA